AUGGAGUAUAAGAAAAUACAUGCUUGCCCUAAUGAUUGCAUUCUGUAUAGAAAAAAAUAUGCAGAAGAUGUGGUGUGUCCUACAUGUAACAUCUCUAGGUAUAAACUAGGAAAAAAUGGAAACCCGAUAGAAGGUGUACUCGCUAAGGUACUCUGGUAUUUCCCACCCAUUCCUAGGUUCAAGAAAAUGUUUCAGUCUACAACUACAGCUAGUAGUUUGACUUUGCAUGCCACUAGCAGAAAGAAGGAUGGGUUAAUCCGUCAUCCGGCAGAUGCCUUGACUUGGAAAUCAGUUGAUGAGAAGUGGCCUGAGUUUGGUUCAGAGCCUAGAAACCUAAGGCUUGCACUAUCCUCAGAUGGCUUCAACCCUCAUAGUUCUUUAAGUAGUAAAUAUAGUUGUUGGCCAGUCAUUCUUGUUACCUACAAUCUUCCUCCUUGGCUCUGUAUGAAGAGAAAAUACAUGUUGUUAACGAUGUUGAUUUCCGGGCAUAAACAACCUAGAAAUGACAUUGAUGUCUACUUAGAACCAUUAAUCGAUGAUUUGAAGGUUCUUUGGGAGGGAGUACAUGGAGUCUAUGAUGCAAGCAGGAAUGAGUACUUUACCCUCAGGGCUGCACUGUUUUGGACAAUCAAUGACUUCCCAUCUUAUGGUAACUUGUCUGGCAACAUCGUGAAAGGGUAUUAUGCAUGCCCAAUUUGUGUUGAAAAGACAUUACCAAAGAGGCUGAAACAUAGUAAGAAGUUGAUUUAUUUGCGGCAUAGAAGGUGGAAAGAAAGAUACCAUCCUUAUCAAAGGCAACGUGCUGCUUUCGAUAACCAGCAAGAAUAUGAAACUGCUCUGGUUCUAUUGACUGGAGAAGAAGUUCUGAAAAGGAUGGAGGAAGAAGUGUUGGUUUGGCCAUUUGGGAAGAAAAAUCCUCGUCCUCCUUACAAGGGAAAAACAAAAGACGGGAUCAAGGCCCAUUUGGAUCUAGUUGAGAUGGGUAUUAGAACUGAACUUGCACCUAAUCUUGAUGGUCCAAAAAAAACCCGUUUGCCAUUGGCGAGUUGCAACCUGACCUUAGAUGAGAAGAAAUCAGUUUGUGAGAUUUGCAGCAAAUCAUAUGAGGUUUCUAAGCUGCCCAAAAUUCAAAGUGAUAUUGUUGAGACCUUGUUCUUGCUUGAGAAGUAUUUUCUUCCUUCAUUCUUUGACAUAAUGGUACACUUGACUAUACACCUAGUUAGAGAAAUUGAACUAUGUGGUCCAGUUUUCUAUCGGUGGAUGUACCCUUUUGAAAGAUACAUGAAAGUCUGCAAGGGUUAUGUCUGCAACAGAGCUCGGCCUGAGGGUUGUAUAGCAGAGAAUUAUAUUGUAGAAGAAGCUGUUGAAUUUUUAGCUGAACGCUUAUUGUCAGAUAAAACCAUUGGAAUUUCAAAACAGCACUCUAAGGAUUGCAGGCGUACCUCUGGUACUAAAAUAUCCAGCAUCUACGAUGGUGAGUUUAAGCAAGCACAUCUUUGUGUUCUCCAAAACACUGAAGAGUUCAGUACCUACUUCCUGUAA